GAGGAGAGCAUCCUGUCCUGCGGUGGCUCGCAAACAAAACAAAGCAAGCCCCGAGCCGGGCCGUUUUCGACGAAGCCGACGCAUUCGCAACGCAGUUCGUUUCGUUUCACGCAGUAGGCCGACGGUGUAGAAGUGUGUUUUUGUUGUUGUCAUCAAGUCGUACAGUGUGCUGUUGGAUAGCUACUAGUAUUCAGCUUUAUCGCAGUUAUCAACUCAUCGAAUGUUUUUUGGUUGAAUCGAUAUUUUCGAAACAGUUCGUCACGGAAUUGUGCCAGCUAUGUGCAUUUUAUUCAUCUACGUGAACAACAACGGGGAACCGAUUCCGGGCCAGUACCGGCUGGUGCUCGCUUCCAAUCGGGAUGAGUACUACACGAGGCCGGCCAAGGAAGCAGCUCCCUGGGACGAGAGCCCGUUCGUGAUUGGCGGACGUGACAUGGAACCGGGGCGAGAGGGCGGAACCUGGCUGGCCAUUGGAGGACGGGAUGGCAUUGUGAAAAUAGGCGCACUGCUCAAUGUGACCGGUGAGAGUAAGGCGAACAUAACUUCGGGACGGGGUCCAAUAGUGGCCAACUACCUGGUGGGGCCACUGUCCAACGAAGAGUAUUCCAAACAGUUGCUGGCCAUUGAUAAUUAUGGCCCAUUUAACUUGGUGUCGGUUCAAAUGGAUACCAACGGUGGCAGCAUUGGUGGAGGUGUGUCAGUUCUGCAUACCAGCAAUAGUCCCUGCAAGAUAGACCAUUGCGAACUGGAUGGGCCACUAGGUUUUGGAAACAGUCCCCUGGAGGUGCCGCUGGAGAAGGUGAAACACGGGCGGAAGCAGUUCGGUGACAUCGUUGACAAACGACUGGAGGUGCAAUCGAAAGAGGCGCUCGUCGACGAAUUGAUGGGGCUGCUCAAAAGCGAUGAGAUUCACUUCCCGGACAAAGAAUUGUCCCGUCGCGUGCCACAGUUCACGGAAAAGCUGGCCAGCAUCAACGUUCGGUUCCCGGAGUCGGGCUACGGUAGCCGCACCCGAACCGUUAUCCUAAUUGACCACGAAAACCACAUGGAUUUCAUUGAAGACACCAUGGUCACAGCCGAUCCGGAUGGCGAAUGGAAACGAACCCACAUAGAGCGACAGUUCUAGAGACUAUGAAACCCCAGAUAUCGAAGGGCUUUCGGACUACCAGGACCAACUUCCUCAGCUAGAUAAUAUAGAAACUGUUUAUUUACACUCGGAAUCAUCUUCUCUUCUGAUUGAGACCCAAACUCUGCUCCAUUAGUAGAUAGCAACGAUAAAAUUCAGUUACUUGAA